GGCCAGCUGGGGACGCAAACUGGUGUAGGUGGUGCAGCAUUACCCCCAGACGAACAUGACUGUUGAACUGGCAAACUCUGUCUACUUGGUUAUGGAGUACUGUAAUGGUGGUGACCUGGCAGACUAUCUUCACACUAUGCGGACACUUAGUGAAGACACCAUCAGGCUCUUUCUCCAGCAGAUAGCAGGUGCCAUGAAAAUGCUGCACAGCAAAGGCAUCAUCCAUCGGGACCUGAAGCCACAGAAUAUCCUCCUUUCCUACGCGGGAGGCAGGAAAUCAAAUCCCAACAACAUUCGCAUAAAGAUCGCUGACUUUGGGUUUGCCCGAUAUCUGCAGAAUAAUAUGAUGGCAGCAACAUUGUGUGGUUCACCAAUGUACAUGGCACCAGAAGUCAUUAUGUCUCAACACUACGAUGCCAAAGCUGACCUCUGGAGUAUAGGAACCAUCAUUUAUCAGUGUCUGACAGGAAAGGCUCCUUUUCAGGCCAGCAGCCCACAGGAUCUUCGUCUCUUCUAUGAGAAAAACAAGAUGCUGAUGCCGAACAUCCCCAGGGAGACAUCAAGCCACCUGAGGCAGCUGCUGCUGGGCCUUCUGCAGCGUAAUCAUAAGGACCGCAUGGACUUCGAUGAAUUUUUCCAUCACCCGUUCUUGGAUGCAAGUGCCUCUAUGAAAAAAUCUGCUUCCGUGCCAAUGCCUUCUUAUCCCAGUUCAGGCUCCGGCAGUUCCUCCAGCAGCUCUUCUACUUCCCACCUGGCAUCACCUCCCUCCCUUGGAGAGAUGCAGCAGCAGCUGCAGGAGAAGGCGCUGGCAUCUCCGACCCAGGAUUCCCCCGGCUUUCUGCAUGGAUCUAAGGACUCUGCUGGAAGCAGCAGUAAGAAUUCGUCCUGUGACACAGAUGACUUCGUUAUGGUCCCAGCACAGUUCUCAAGUGAUUUAACUGCUGAGGCUGCAGGAGGGAAACCAAUCCAAGACAGCCUGAUGUACAGCGGGAGUUCUCUGGUGACUUCAGCAGGCUUGGAAAGCCAGGGAAGGACACCGUCUCCUUCACCCCCAUACAGCAGUUCUCCUAGCCCAUCCAGCCGGCCAGGUCAGUUUUCUAGCAGCAAGUACGGACACUCCGUGCCCAUUCCGGUCCCAACGCAAAUUCAUAACUACCGGCGGAUUGAGCAGAACCUGCAGUCUCCCAAUCAAUACGCCUCUCCGCGGUCUGGUGCGGUCCGGAGGUCUAGCAGUACAAGUCCUCUUGGUUUUCCUAAAACUGGUGCUUCCCCUCCUUAUCCUGGAGAGCAUGGAUCUGUGCCCAGCUCUAGAAAGCUCUCCUUUGGCGGUGCCAAGCCGUUUAUGCCAUCACCGCAAGUUGGAACAAUCCCAGAGCAGCCCAGUCAGACUGUUAUCCCCUCUUCUCUUGGAACAGAAGUGAGAAGCCGGAUUCCUGUUGCCGGUUCCUCGGUGCCUGAACACUCUCCUCGAGGGAUGGGCUCCCGGCUCCACAGUGCUCCCAACCUCGUUGCUCACUUUGGUUAUACCCCAGUCAGCCAGCCGCUGCAGAUUCAUGGCUUGCAGCACUGCCGGCAGCUCAGAUCCUCACCGAAGCUGUCUGAGUUCAUGCAGAGAAGCCCUUUGCCAACUAUAAUGGGCUCCCCUACAAAGGCUGUGUCCCCGUUUGAGUUUCCCAAAACCCCAAGUUCCCAGAAUCUCCUCACCCUCUUGGCCCAUCAGGGGGUCAUGAUGACUCCGACACGGAACAAGACCUUGCCAGAUCUGAAGGAGAUGGGUCAUUUUCACUGCCAGCAAACUGGCUUGGGAUUGAGGCCUGUGGAAGAGAUCAAGGGCAGAUCUCUGAGCACAGGCAGGCUCACUGACCUGCUUCUGAAGGCAGCCUUUGGGGCACAGAUCUCAGAAGCUGGGAGCAACGACAGCCUGAACAAUGAGAAGCCAAUGGAAAUUGCAGCUCCCUCAGGUGCUUACGGAGGGACCCUGCACUCUGGUGCCCGGGCUGGGGGCUCUGCCAGCCCAUCCCCAGUGAUUUUUACUGUCGGAUCCCCUCCCAGUGGAACAACCCCCCCACAGACCACGAGGACCAGGAUGUUUUCAGUGGGGUCUUCCAGCUCUCUCAGUUCUGGAGGCUCAUUCACCGGCAGGCACUUGGCAGUGGGAACUGGUGGGGAUGCUGUGGAAGGCCCCUCAAGUCUUCGGUACGCUUUUGCUGAUCCGAUCACCGCCAACCUGGAAGGUGCUGUUACGUUUGAGGCACCGGAGUUACCCGAAGAGACGCUCAUGGAGCAAGAGCACACUGACAUCCUGCGCAGCCUCCGCUUCACGCUGGCCUUUGUCCACUACGUGAUGGAAAUUGCCGCCUUUAAGGGCAGCUCCAGCGAGAUGAGCAGUUCAGUGACAUCUGAGUACCAGCUCCAGGAGAGCGUGGUGGCCGACCAGAUCAGCCUCCUCAGCCGGGAGUGGAGCUAUGCAGAGCAGCUCGUGCUGUAUCUGAAAGUAGCGGAGCUUCUGUCCUCGGGGCUGCAGAUGGCCAUAGAGCAGAUCAAAGCUGGCAAGCUGUGCCUCUCCUCCACCGUCAAGCAAGUUGUGAAGAAGCUGAAUGAGCUUUAUAAAUCCAGUGUAUCAUCCUGCCACUGCCUCAACAUGAGACUCCAGAGGUUCUUCUUGGACAAACAGAAACUCAUGGAUCGGAUCAACAGCAUCACCGCAGAGAAGCUCAUCUUCAGCUACGCUGUGCAAAUGGUGCAGUCUGCAGCCCUGGAUGAGAUGUUCCACCACAGAGAGGACUGCGCACAGAGGUACCACAAGGCUCUGCUGCUGAUGGAGGGGCUCCUGAACAUCAUCACCGAACAGGGGGACAUAGAAAACAUCAAUAAAUGUAAGCUGUGCAUCGAGCGCAGGCUGUCAGCUCUGCUGUCGGGGUUCUGCGCCUGAUUGCAGUGGUGGUGGUGUGUUCUUCACGCACCUCGCCCCAGCUGAUCACUUUGUUUCCAACGGCCUGCUGCUGUGGUGGGAAACGAUUUUGGCAGUAGAAGACCUGGAGGAUGAACUGCUCGAUGUUUUGUAUUUGGACGUUUUGGGAAGCUGUUCCACAGACUCGGAUUCCUUCAUGGGGAUGUGUGACUGCAGCAAGCACAAAUACUUCCCUGCCCAAAGGCCUGGGCGAAGACGUAGCCGAUGUGGAAAGGUUUCCCUCGUUGGCGGAGGGGACAAAGGAUAGAAGUCUGCUUCUUCCCAGCACUUUGAAGGAUAAGACUGCUGCCUCUCCCUCUUGCUUAAGAACAGGGUAUUCCAGUGCUGUGUCCAUUGCAGGCAAUGGAUGUGCUGAAACUGCUGGCUUCAGUUAGCGUUGGAGGGUGUCAUUCAGAAAUCAAGGCCAGUUUGUGUACUCUUCCCUACCCAGCUGAGUGCCAGGCGUCCUCAAGCUUCCUGGCAACCCGAGGCUCCCCUCCUUUCUCUCCGUUGCCCCUUCUCAUACGUGUUUAUGCCUUGGAGUGCUUACUGAAUGGCGGAGAGGAGGGAGUCGGCUCCCUUUCGCCUGAGCAUUGCUGAAGUAGCCCCCACCUCCUGCAGACUCAGCGAGCGAGGCAGAGGACGCGCUGCUGCUGGGGAGGUUUGCAUCUCCCGUGGGUGUGGUGUGGACUGCCUCUCUGCCUGGAUGGGCAAACGACACGGGGACAGAGCCUCUGUGCAGGGAACAGGAGGACGACAGAAAGCCUGACGCUCCUGUGUUCGUAAGAAGCCAAAAUGAAUCCGUUCCUCCCUUGGUCCCCAAGCUCAGCGGGAUCACCGUGAAAGACUCCCGGCUGUUCAGCGCGGCCCGUCAGUACAUAUCUACCAGGAGGAGGCACUAGCGCUGUCCUGCUUUCAGCUGUUGGCUCGAUAACCCCUUUCCUGGAGCCCUCACCCCACCCCCAAACUGAAAACACUAGCUUUGUGAAUCAAAGGAGCACUUUACACACUGUGGGGACUUGAGAAGUUGACUUUGCAUCACACAACAACCCAGGAACAUCGCGACUGUUAGGAAUGCUGUUCCUUUUAUUCCUUUCCUUGCUUCCUGGUUGUUUUAUUGCACUACGUGUGUGCGUAUAUUAAUAUGUAUUCCUAAGGGCGAAUAUAUAUUGAUAUAUAUAUAUAUGGUUUGUGUGUAACUGUACGUAUUUAACUGUACUGUAUCUUGUGAGAGGCAAAAAGCACUGCGGAGUCCGUGCUGUUCCUCCUCCACGCCAGGCAAAGCUGUCUUGCAGUCUGGCAGUACCACGAUUUGUUUCGUUUCGUUUUUUAUUUAAAUGUUCUUUUAAGGACAGUCAGUAUAAAGCUCCGUGCUUUUUAAGAGCUCAAGAACAGGCGUUAAGAUGCUACACACUUACAAUUGGAAAUGCAUUUUUUAAGAAGUUUUAUUUGCUGCUUCAUUUUUUUUUUUAUAAAGAAAUCUCGUAGUGUUCAGUUUUAUGUUCAGCAUUUCUUUUAAGGAGACUCUGUAGCCAAAUGAGACUGCGGGUGCGAGUGGCUCGAGUUCCGGCUGAGGCUUCGGAUGCCGUGAGCAUGUGCGUGAGAGGAUAGCUGGCUGCCUUUCCGUCUGUCUGCGUGCGCAUGUGUGUGUCUUAAUUUAUCAGAGUCAUGGCAGUAUUGUGUUAGCGCUGGGCAGAAAAGUAUCUUUGAAAGCAACUCGAAACCUCAGGCUUCGUUUUUGGGGAUCUAAAAAUGUUUUGCACAUGGUGGUUAAGUCCUCAUUGCUUUUUUUUCUCCUCUCAAUAUUGGCACGAUCAGUGUGAUACUUUACAAGGGUUUCAGGAGCAACUUAAUUGACUUCGGAGCCGGCGUCCUCGUUGGCAACGUGGGUGUUUCUGAUCACGGAGCAGAAAUGCCCGUAAAGAAAUUUAGAAAUAUUUCAGAUUGCCCCAACCAGGGAAGUUUAAGUGUAGCUUUCACAAAUGCUUCAGUAUUGGGCCGCUGUUAUAUCGUACGUUCACAGCCUGCUGCUUCUGUGGCCGUUCGUGUUUGUG